AUGACAGACGCAAAUACAGGCAAAAGGCCUUAUAUUCGCCUAACUGGAGGACUUCGAAAUAUGUCUAGACCUAUUGGAGGUGAAGUUAGGAUGCGUUGUGAAGCAACUGGUUCUCCUCUUCCACUUCAAUUUACUUGGUUAAAGAAUUUAGCCCCAUUAGAGAAAAGUAGAAGAUUUCGCCUUAAAAACAAAGAAAUGACUAGCAAGUUGGUUAUUGUGGAACUUGAUGUAUUAGAUUCUGGGUAUUAUCAGUGCUCGGCUAGCAAUGCUGCUGGAAGUGUUAAUAGUACUGCUGUGCUUAGGGUUUCCCAACAACCAAUUUCAACUUUUUCUUUAAACAAAAAAAGACCUCCAUUAACAACUGACGAAGGAGGUCGACGUGGUCAUCAUCGACACCAUUUAAAACAAAAACAGCAACUAGAAGAAGAUUUGGGUGAAGACGAGGAAAACAACGAUUACGAAGGAUUUUAUGAUAAUUAUCCGGAUGAUGAGAUGAAUGUUAACAACAAUAACGACCACCAUCACUCACACCCAGACAAUUCCUGGCGAGUUCCCAACACUGCAGCAGGUCCAGGCUAUGUCCCUUUAAGAAGAGGAACAGAUUCGGAUGGACGUUGGCUAGAUGGACAAACAAUUAGAAAAGGAGAUUGUAUUGUCUAUAGAGGAGAGGCUUGUUCUUCCUUUCUUGAAGGAAAACAUGUGAAGGUUUUGGUUGAUAGAGAAAGUAUUUAUGAUGCAGAAAAGGAUUUGUUGGCGGCGUUAAUGACCGUCCGUGUUGUCCCAGGCAUUUCAGAACAAUGCAAACAUUAUAUGCAUCAAACAGCUUGUUAUCACAUGUUCAAAAUAUGUGAACCUUCCAUUAAUUCACUGGGAAGUUUGCCUUCUGGAUCUGACAUAGUUUCUCUUUGUCGUGAGGAUUGUGAUAAUUUAAAGAAUUCUGUCUGUCCAAACGAAUUUUCAAUGGCUUCUCAUCACGAGUUAAUCGGUGAUGGGCCAAAGGCGCUUCUUCCAAAUUGUGAAUCACUUCCUCUAUCAGCACAAAAUUGUCUACACAUUUUUGAAGGAAUUAAGUCUCCCUCAACUCCAAAUAACCCUUCACCCGCAUCACACUGGUGUUUCAAAGGUUUUGGUACCAAAUAUCAAGGAACAGCAGCAAUUACCCGAAGUAACAGGCCUUGUAUUGAUUGGCCAAAUUCAGUCAAUGGAGAAUUUAAUACCGGAGUACAUCCAGAGCUUAGAAACGCAAAGAAUUAUUGCAGAAACCCUUCAAGGCACUCACAGUUCAGUGAGCCGUGGUGCUAUACUUUCUCUCCAGGCGGUCAGUCACUGCUUGCUGAGCCUUGCAAUGUGCCUCGUUGCCCACCAAAUAUUUAUAAAGAAUUGGAUGAUUCUCCUCUAAUAGGAACAACAACAACAAAUAAUAACAUUUUCGACUCAUUUUCUUCCUUUUGGCAUUCACUUUCAACCCAAUCACAACUUUUAGCCUUUACUACAGCACUUGGAGCACUUUUAGUUUUCUUAUUUUUAUUUUUUAUUUGUUGUGUUUGUUGUUGUAAAAAUACUAGAAGAAGUAGAAGAAGAAGAAGAAAAUAUGCUAAAAAUAGUGGGGGAGAAGGAGAAGGAUUGGGGGGAGGUGGAGGAGAAAGAGGAGAAGUUUGUGUUGGACAAUGUUUACAACAACCAGAAAGUGCAAGUUCUAUGCUUUCUGGAAGUUUAGCUCAACAACAAAAAUUAGCAGCUAUACAACAUCAACAAAAUAUUUUGUUACAUAAUUGUAAUGGGAUAAACCCCCAGGGACUUGUUGGGGGAGGAGGAGGAAGUGCUGGAGGUGGUGGAGGGGGGUCAACUACACUCUCUGGAAGUGAUAUGAAUUCUGCUUUUUAUAGAAAAGUUAGAGAUGAAAGAAUGAGGCAAGGAGGAGGGGGAGGAUGUUGUAAUGAAGAGUUACUUAAUCCUUUACUUUCUGAACAAUAUCAUGUAGCUUCUGGUGGAUAUCAACAGCAACAACAACAAUUAUUUGAAAUGCCCCAACAACAACAAUUUAGAUAUUGGGAAAAUAGUGGAACUUUAAAUUCUGCAGUAGCAUAUCCUCAACAUGGGUCUUAUUAUGCUCCACAAUCUAUCAAAUCUCAACAGCCAUACAACAACAGUCCACAUACUGAACCACCACCUGCAGAACCAUAUCAAAUUGCACAUAUACAAGAACGUCAAAUUAAAUUUUUGGACCGAAUUUUGGGUGAAGAUGCAAGUACACAAUUAAUUUUGGGUGAAUGGGUUGGAGGAAUGUUGAGUGGAGCUGCUUUACAAGUUGUUCUAAAAACCUUAAAAUCAAAUAUUCCUCAACACGUAGCAGAAGAGCAAUUUAAAGAAGAAAUUCAAGCCAUUGGGUUUUUUGAGCACCCAAACAUUUUGCGUCUUUUUGGCGUCAGUUUUCUUGGUGGAAGAAAUUUGUGUGCCGUUUUUGAUUAUAUGGUUCAUGGAGAUUUGAUUGAAUUUUUAAAAGUUAGAGAGCCUAGAGGCGAAAAUGAACAGGAUGAGCAAGAAGAAAGGCAAAGAAAUGUUCAAGAUUUUCUCAAAAUUUCAACUCAAAUAACUUGUGGAAUGGCUUAUUUGGCUUCAAAUGGAUUUGUACAUAAAGACCUUUCUGCAAGAAAUUGUUUAGUUGGUGAUCAACAAAUUAUUAAAAUUUGUAAUUUUGCGAGGAUGAAAAGCCAAUAUGAACGGGAUUAUUAUAGGCUAAACAGCAGUUGUAGAGGUGUUCCACUUCGUUGGAUGUCAAAAGAAGCAUUAAAUGAAGGAAGAUAUGGACAAGCUAGCGAUGUUUAUUCUUUUGGUGUUUGUUUAUGGGAAAUUUAUACCUAUGGAAGGCAACCUUAUGAAGGCUGUACAGACGAACAAGUUAUUCAAUUUGUCCAAGAAGGAAGUUAUUUAGCUAUCCCAGAAUUUUGCCCUCCUGCUGUUUAUGCACAAAUGGUUGAAUGUUUUAAUGAAAAUGCUAGCCGUAGACCGACAUUUGCUGAAUUAAAUUCGAAAUUUCAGAAAUGGUGUCAAUCAAACCAAACAUCUGCUUUACAUAUCCAACAACAUCGAGCUACAAGUUCUGUAAAUUCUGGAGGUUCUGGAAGUGGAAUAACAACAUCAAAUAUUGGAGGACCAACAAAUGGAUAUUUGUCUAAUAGAAAUUUAAGACAAGGAGGAGGAUAUUCUUCUGUUGGUGGUGGAAUUAAUGUUCCUUCACCUGCUCCAAAUAAUUGUUCAAAUAUUUUGGCUGGAAAUUUUGUUGUUGAAAAUGGAAAUGUUAAUAAAAAUGGAGGAUGUUGUUCUAAUAAUAAUAUUGUACAUAGUACUCCAAUAGCCCAACACGCCAACAAUAACAAUAACAACCAAAUUGAAGACAAUAAUAUUAAAAAGAAAAAUUUAAAACCAAUUCCAAUGGCAAGACGGCGACAAGCAUUUACAGAUGAGGAUGAUUUAGAUGAAGAAGAAGAUGAUGAUUAUAGUAGUGAGGAAAGUAAUGGAAGUUGA